UAAAGGAAAAGCAGAAAGCCGAAGAAGAGCAGAAAUUAAAGGAAAAGCAGAAAGUCGAAGAGGAGCAGAAACUAAAGGAAAAGCAGAAAGCCGAAGAGGAACUGAAAUUAAAGGAAAAGCAGAAAGCUGAAGAGGAGCAGAAACUAAAGGAAAAGCAGAAAGCCGAAGAAGAGCAGAAAUUAAAGGAAAAGCAGAAAGCCGAAGAAGAGCAGAAACUAAAGGAAAAGCAGAAAGCCGAAGAGGAACUGAAAUUAAAGGAAAAGCAGAAAGCUGAAGAGGAACAGAAAUUAAAGGAAAAGCAGAAAGCCGAAGAGGAGCAGAAACUAAAGGAAAAGCAGAAAGCAGAAGAGGAAGAAAAAUUAAAGGAAAAGCAGAAAGCCGAAGAAGAGCAGAAAUUAAAGGAAAAGAAGAAACAAGAGAUGCAAAUACUUAAAGAAAUACAGGAGCAGGAAGAGAAGGACAUAGCCGAGGCCGAAAGAAAGAAAGUUGAGGAGGAGAAAAGAAAGGCAGAUGAAAGACGGAGACUGAUAGAUGAGGAAGUGAGAAGAAAAAUAGAAGAAAGAGUUAAGAAAGAAGAGGCCAAGAAACUUGCAAGUGAGAAGCAAGAGGCUGAAAAGGAAAAACGAAAACAAGA